AUGACAAUUCAUUCUGCUCGAAUCCUCACAGUCGGCACAGGUGCCGUGGGUGCUAUUUAUUCUUGGCGCUUGUCGCAAUCGUGCAAUAUUACGGCGGUGUGCCGCUCCAACUAUGAAGUAGUCAAGUCCAACGGUUUCAAUAUCGAUUCCAAAAAGUUUGGACAAGCCAUCUUCCGACCUGAUCACGUGGUGAAAACGGUGUCUGAAGCUGCUGCCGCCUCCGAGGAACCUUUCGAUUAUAUCCUGGUCACCUUGAAAGCUUUGCCUGAAGUCUACAAUGUGGCUGAACUGAUCGCACCGGCUGUUUCGCCUACCACCACCAUCGUCUUGCUGCAAAACGGCUUAGGCAUUGAAGAGCCAAUUACCACUGCCUUUCCAAAGAACCCCAUUGUAUCGAUUGUCGCUUAUAUUGGCACUUCACAGGUGGAGCCCGGUGUCAUUCGUAUGGGCGGGGGUGAAUCGCUGGUCAUUGGUCGUUAUAACGCCGCCCCCGUAGACUCGGAGCAACAGCGUGAGAAAUUCAUCGGGUUACUGGAAAAGGGAAACGUUGAGGUUCAGAAAGUCGAUGAUGUUGAACGCGUCCGCUGGCAAAAAUUGUUCUGGAAUGCCUCUUUCUCUCCUGUGUGUGCAAUUACGGGUAUGAACACCUCGGAAUUGCUGCGCAACGAGAAUGCCGUUGCCACGGUGAAAAACCUGAUCAGCGAUGUUGUGAGAGCCGCCUGCGCUAUGGGAUACGAUUUUGACGUAGCAGAACAGACGCAAAUCAUGUUGGAAAGAACAGAGAAAACCGCCCAAAAUUAUAAGCCGUCCAUGCAAUUGGAUUUGGAACGUGGUUCUCCCAUGGAAGUCGAAGUUAUUCUUGGUACGGCGGUGCGUCGCGCAAAAGAAAAAGGUGUCGAUAUUCCUCACCUGGAGACAAUUUACAACAUGGCCAGUGCCAUCAAUGCUCAUACCAUGGAAUCCAAAAAAUCUCAGUUGUAA